AUGGUGGUGUUCUGUUAUCACAACAUGGUGGUGUUCUGUCAUCACAACAUGGUGGUGUUCUGUCAUCACAACCUGGUGGUGUUAUGUUAUCACAACAUGGUGGUGUUCUGUUAUCACAACAUGGUGUUGUUCUGUCAUCACAACAUGGUGGUGUUCUGUUAUCACAACAUGGUGUUGUUAUGUUAUCACAACAUGGUGGUGUUAUGUUAUCACAACCUGGUGGUGGUGUUCUGUUAUCACAACCUGGUGGUGUUCUGUUAUCACAACCUGGUGGUGGUGUUCUGUUAUCACAACCUGGUGGUGGUGUUCUGUUAUCACAACCUGGUGGUGUUCUGUUAUCACAACCUGGUGGUGUUCUGUUAUCACAACAUGGUGGUGUUAUGUUAUCAAAACCUGGUGGUGUUAUGUUAUCACAACCUGGUGGUGUUUUGUUAUCACAACCUGGUGGUGGUGUUAUGUUAUCAAAACCUGGUGGUGUUAUGUUAUCACAACAUGGUGGUGUUCUGUUAUCACAACAUGGUGUUGUUCUGUCAUCACAACAUGGUGGUGUUAUGUUAUCACAACAUGGUGGUGUUUUGUUAUCUCAACCUGGUGGUGUUAUGUUAUCACAACCUGGUGGUGGUGUUAUGUUAUCACAACCUGGUGGUGUUCUGUUAUCACAACCUGGUGGUGUUUUGUUAUCUCAACCUGGUGGUGUUAUGUUAUCACAACAUGGUGGUGUUCUGUUAUCACAACCUGGUGGUGGUGUUCUGUUAUCACAACAUGGUGGUGUUCUGUUAUCACAACAUGGUGGUGUUCUGUUAUCACAACAUGGUGGUGUUCUGUUAUGGUGUUAUGUUAUCACAACAUGGUGGUGUUCUGUUAUCACAACCUGGUGGUGUUCUGUCAUCACAACAUGGUGGUGUUCUGUUAUCACAACAUGGUGGUGUUCUGUUAUCACAACAUGGUGGUGUUAUGUUAUCACAACAUGGUGGUGUUUUGUUAUCUCAACCUGGUGUUGUUAUGUUAUCACAACCUGGUGGUGUUCUGUUAUCACAACCUGGUGGUGUUCUGUUAUCACAACCUGGUGGUGUUAUAUUAUCACAACCUGGUGGUGUUUUGUUAUCUCAACCUGGUGGUGUUCUGUUAUCACAACCUGGUGGUGUUGUUAUGUUAUCACAACCUGGUGGUGUUGUUAUGUUAUCACAACCUGGUGGUGUUCUGUUAUCACAACAUGGUGGUUUUAUGUUAUCACAACCUGGUGGUGUUCUGUUAUCACAACCUGGUGGUGUUUUGUUAUCACAACCUGGUGGUGUUCUGUUAUCACAACCUGGUGGUGUUGUUAUGUUAUCACAACCUUGUGGUGUUGUUAUGUUAUCACAACCUGGUGGUGUUGUUAUGUUAUCACAACCUGGUGGUGUUCUGUUAUCACAACCUGGUAGUGUUGUUAUGUUAUCACAACCUGGUGGUGUUCUGUUAUCACAACCUGGUGGUGGUGUUCUGUUAUCACAACCUGGUGGUGUUCUGUUAUCACAACCUGGUGGUGUUCUGUUAUCACAACCUGGUGGUGUUCUGUUAUCACAACCUA